AGGCCAGCACAUUAAUACGCUCAUUAUGCUGAAGUUCAGCACCGUGGGGGCCUCAUUAUGAUGGUUUGCCCUCAUCUUGGCUGUACAUAUCCUCAGAGAGCUGUCGAAGUUGCCAGCAUGCUGCUCGUGGCGCACGCCAUGGUGGGCGUGUUUCCCAUCGGGACUGUUCCAUUACUAGUAUUGAUAGCGCUAAGCCGGUCGGAACUACAGUAGCAUUGCACUGGCGUUACUGCAUGCGACCAUCCAAUCCAAGAUAUCUAGCGGAGACUUUCUUCGUUGGCGCAAAUGUCCACUUCCGAAUUUGCAGCUUUGGUGUCACAAGCGACUCUCCAUUCACAGUCACCGUAAUGACCACGUCCGUAAAGAUUCCGACCACGUCGAACGCCAGCUCCACGCGGACAACUGGGCGUACCACCGUCGGAGCCUCCCACCGCGUCCGCCUCUGCUACCACGACGAAGCGUACCGUCAGCGCACCGAAGAGCGCACCAAGAACCUCAUCGCAGAUGCUUCAUUGCCCACGACCUCCAGUACGAGCGCGUUGCUGGCCAAGAAGGCGCUCAAGUACCGCAAAUUAUACGACCGCAUGACGGGUGUGGACGUGAACGACCCCAACUUCGACGUAUUCGAGUUUCUGGGCAUCGACUGGUGUAAAGCCUCGCCCGUGGGGACCUCUGGCCACGCAUAAAGACCGUAGAAAAGAUAGGUAUUUAUUGGUAUUGUCCAGCUUUGUGCGCCCAGGCAGAUGCUACAAAGGGGACGAAUGCAUAGUCACGACGAGUUUUAGAUAACUUGGUAAUGUAUCAUCAAAGCUCUUCUAAGUAAUUCGAUUUGGGAGUUGUACAUGUAGUAAAAGUUGGAUCCGAAGCCGUUGGCAGAUUAUAAGUUGAAGGUGAUGAAU